AUGCGAAUUAUUGUGGGUACUAUUCAGCGGUUGCUGAACAAUGAGGAAGUAAAGUUAGACCUUGGACUGCGGCUCCACUCCUGGCAACUUACACAAUUUGAAAAACAAAAAGAGGAGAAUAUGACGUUUUGGCAAGCGAAAUUGCAGAAUUUCGUCUACAAUCAACUUCCAACAUCUCGUCCACGACAAAUCGUUGCUACUGAUGCAACAGCGGAAUUAUUUGAAUUCCAGGCUCCCAGACUUUGGGAUACAAUAAACUUGUGGGUUCGCUCUUACAACUGCACCCCAUUCGUUGCCCUUUUGAUGCUCUUUUCGCGAGUAUUUCAAUCUCUCAGCUAUGACCCUUUAACUCCAUUCCCAAUUGGCUUCCCAGUCAAUCUGAGACCACAAGAACUGUACAACUCAGUUGGUUACGGUAUUAGUACGGUCAUGGUCGCUCAGGACACACGAGGAAAACUUUCAGAAGGUAUCAAAAACGCUAUGGUACAGGUUGCGGAAGCUAUGGCGCAUGCGUUCCUGCCCUACGAUGAGAUACUUGAACUUUCCACAUCGGGGAAGCUUUUCGCGGUAAUGCUCAUGCUGGAUAACUAUUCUGUUUACGAAAGUGAAAUUUUCACAGUUGAACCGGAAGAGGCUGAGGUGACAAAAUUUGAGAUUUCUGUCUAUGCGGCACAAGAUGACGACAAAAUUAGGAUAGAAUACAAUAAAAGCUUAUUUGACAAAGAUUUCAUCCACAAAUGUGCCAGAAUUAUCAGUGUUCUCUUGGAAAAUUGGUCUCGUGAAUUUUCCACUACGGUAUGCACGGCUUUCACACAUAAGAGUUGCAUCUACGAUGCUAAUGAUGUUAGGAAAAUGCUAGAACCUUUAAAGCUAUCAGACGCUAAUAUCACAACCUCCGCUGACAAUCAACUUCAGCUGACCUGUAGUAGUGACACAGUGAGCGCAGAAGAGAUAGAAAAAACCCUUAAACAUCUGCCACUGCCAUUAAGGCCAAAGAAGAUCAUCGUUGAACCUACACGUUCAUUCUGCUACCCGCUUAGUAAACAACAACUACAGAUGUACUAUCUAUCACUACAGGACCCAGUGGCUUACGUAUUACCAUUUUGCAAAAAAUUUCCGAAGAGGACGUCUCCGAAGAAUCUCCACGGGGCUCUUCUAAAUGCAGUUCAAAGACAUGAAAUGCUUAGAACUAUAUUCUUUGAAAUUGAAGGAGAGCCUAAUCAAAUGGUUACUUCCAUGACAGAAUGCUAUAUUUCCUUGUCCAUAGAACUGAGCGAAAAUAUUGGGGAAAGCAUUGCUCAAAUCGUAAAUUUACCAAUGCAGCUUCAGGAUAGACCUUUAUUGGAAGCUGUUAUGUACAAAACUGAGGAUAGUUUCGUGGCAGUGCUUCGACUGCAGCACAUUAUCUCGGAC